AUGCGUCACCCGGCAUCCCAUGCGUCACAUUCUCAUGGUCCCAUCAGGAUCGACCAGCACACACAGCACACAGCAGCUCGUCGCAGCGACCCGCUCUCUUCCUCCAGCCUCUACCACACGCCGGCCAGACCGGCUGUUGAGUCGACUCACAAGUCACACAAUAUUUCAUGUGCCACGUUCGCACUACCCCAUCAGGAUCGACCAGCGCACUCAGCGCAGAGCUCGUCGCAGCGACCCGCUCUCUUCCUCCAGCCUCUGCCACACGCCGACCAGACAGGCCAGGAGAUGAGCGAGCGCCUGUUUGUGGACGUGCGGCCGUCGCCCUGCCAGUCCUGUCAGCAGCGAGGGGUGUUCCUGCAAGGCAGAGUGCUGCUGCCCGUGCAGCCAUGUGGAGACGGUACUGUGCUCUUCCAUUUCUGGUUUGGCCACGGCAGCCAGCGCAAGUCGCAAGCCGUGCGUCGCUCCCGCUGCCCCAUCUGCCGCACUGCAUGUGGCACCACCAAGGGUCUCAGGAAUCACCUGGAAGCUUCUCACAGCCGCUUUGACUACACCUUCCAUCUCCAGCAGCCAUUGCCAGUCGUCCACGUCACCUGCAAGCCUCAGCUGGUAACCACAUGCGCUGGCCUCAGCUGCACUGCCAGAGAUAAUCGCAAUGGUGAGGAUGCCAGUGGCGCUUGUGUGGGUGGUGAAAAGGAUGGUGGGGCUGCUGCAGGUGAUGUUUGUGUUGCUGCAGCUGGAGCAGCAGCAGCAGCAGCAGAAGGAGCAGGAGCAGCAGCAGCAGCAGCAGAAGGAGCAGGAGCAGCAGCAGCAGCAGAAGGAGCAGGAGCAGCAGCAGCAGGGGGAGCAAAAGGAAAAGAAAGAGUAGAUUUUGGGGGUGGGGGGGUAUUAAAAGAGAAGGGGACAGAGGAGGAGGGAGCAAAGGAGGAGGAGAGGGGAGAAAGGAAGGGGAAGAGAGAGGAGAAGGAGAAGAAAAAGGGGAAGGAGAAGGCGGAGGGGAAAGUGGAGGCAGUGGAGGAGAAGAAGAGAGUAGAAAUGUCAUUGGAGGUGGCUCAAAGGAUUGCUGAGGAGAUGCGGGCGGAAGCGAAGGCUUCAAGAGACAGAGGGCGUCGAUUUGAGCGGGCUGAAGAGGAGGCAAGGGAGGAGGUCUGCAGGAAAUGGUCAUCAGGGCUCCUGCAGAGAACCUUCUACCACUCGCAGCGAUGGCAGCCAAUCACGGCGCAGGAGAUGGUGCAGGAUUCAGACAGCGAGGACGAGUGGGACGAAGCUGCCGCCUCGUAUGCCGACCGAAAGUUGCUGGGCGAGUUUGAGGACGUGUUGGGAGAGGAGAAGGGCAUUAUGCACCGCUGGAUGGCGUUUGUGCGCCGCCACAGGGUAAUUGCAGACAGGCAUGUGCCGUGGGCGUGUGAGGCCUUCGCCAUCACACAUAAGGACUUCCUCUCCUCCUCCCCAUGCACUCGCAUGUGCUUCAUGCUUUAUCUAGUCAAGCUGUGGAACGUGAAUCUGAUUCCGGGCGGCGUCAUUCAGAAGUGCUUGCAAAUAGUAGAUUCCGCCGGCCAACAGCACCCGCCCAAGUUGUGA